AUGGGUCUCACCACUGGCGCCAUCAUCGUGCUCGUCCUGGUCGGCUGCUUGGCCGUCACGGCUCUGGGCGCUUCCCUCUUCCGCCACUAUACCCCGAUCGAAGAAGAAGCUCGCUAUAGUGCUUCCUACGAGCAGGGAAAGUACAUGCGCACGGUGCGCCUGCGCAAUCAUAACCACUUAAGGCAAGAGUCGCUCAAUGCGGCCAAGGCCAAGGACCUCGAGUCACAAUAUUCUACGGACCAAGCAUCAAGCCACUACAACCCCCACACUCAACCCGCAUCGAGCACGCCGCAGGCGUAA